GUGCGGAAGAGGGCGACAGGACMGAAACAGAGGAGUGCAACGUUCCACAACUUUUUCUUUUUUGACCAGUUUAUUUGUGGAUUUUUUGCUAGAAUUUUAUUGUUGGGUCUCYGAAGAAGCCAUUAAAGAUGCCGAGCAUGGAAAAAAAUCUCUUCAAUCUCAAGUUUGCUGCCAAAGAGCUCCAAAGAAAUUCAAAGAAAUGUGACAAAGAGGAAAAAUUAGAGAAGGCAAAAGUCAAGAAGGCCAUCCAGAAGGGGAACAUGGAGGUGGCGAGAAUCCACGCAGAGAACGCCAUCAGACAGAAGAAUCAGUCUGUGAACUUCCUGAGGAUGAGCGCCCGAGUCGACGCCGUGGCAGCGAGAGUCCAGACGGCGGUUACAAUGAACCAGGUCACAAAAUCUAUGGCCGGAGUGGUUAAAGGCAUGGACGCCACUCUGAAGAGUAUGAAUCUCGAAAAGAUUUCAGCUCUCAUGGACAAAUUUGAACAUCAGUUUGAAACUCUGGAYGUUCAGACUGCUCAGAUGGAAGACACCAUGAGCAGCACGACGACUCUCACAACACCACAGAAUCAAGUGGAGUCGUUGCUGCAUGAAAUGGCAGAUGAAGCAGGGUAACCACUCAUUUCUGUCCUAAUAUUAUUUGUCGGAUAAAUGAAAUCACAUUGCGUUCAUUCAU